AGGGGAAAUAAUGCUUGCCUACUACAAACACUGGUAAGAGUUACCCAACAUGAGCAGCUCGUCGUGGUAACUGUUUGACAUGAUAGCAAACUAACCAAGGAUGUAAUCUCCAAGAAAACUAUAUCGACGAGUGAAGAGCCACCAGAGGGGAUGGCACAUGCUGGUGUGAUGGGUGGGGUGGGGUUUGGGGUGGGUCAGUCAUUGGGAACAUCCCUUCCAGUGGCAUCUGCUCUGCCACGUCUGGUGCAAGAAACAGAGAUACAGAAGCUUCUGACUGAUGAGCGUAUACGCAGUGAGCAACACAAGACCAACUACCAGCAGCUAAAAGCAGAACAUAGCAGGCUACAAGAAGAAUACCUGUCUCUUCAAGAAGAAGUAAAAGCAACUGUUGAGGAGAGUCGCAUUGUGCAGGAAAAGUAUCGCUCCAUGUACGAAACUUGCCGACGAGAACUUGUGGACAGGCAGGCCCUGCUUGAUGAUCUCCGGACAAAGGUAAUGACACCUCAGAGGCUGGAGAUUGUGCGAAGUCAGGUGUUGGAGGAGGUGGAACGCAGUUAUCAGGAGCGGUACUUGAAACAAGAACAGGAGGUGGAAGAAGCCAGAGCAGCUGUCAACAGGCUGCGGUAUGAGUUAUCCUUUGUGAAGGCCGAGUACGAGCAUGGCAAGACUGAUUAUGGGAGACAACUGCAGGAACUUAAGAUGCAGCAUGAGCUGGAACUGACCAAUCUUCGUAAAGAACGAGAUGCUACUUUGAGUAAAGUUCAAGCAGAAUCCAGCAGUGAUGCCAACAAAGUGCGUGUUCUUCAGCGUGACAACACUGCUCUUCACAUGCGCUUGAAAGGUCUGCUAGCUGAGGUUGACGAACUGCGAGCAGAGAAAGAAAAAGUCACUCUGGACUCAGACAGCGCACAACGCACCCAGGCCAAGCAGAUCGGUGAAUUGCAGGCAACCAUAAGGUCACUGGAGGUUGAGAGGGAGUCAUUGAAGCGCCAAAAUGAGGCAUUUCAGAAUGAGAUUCUGACCCAUGGUGCUGACAUGGCAAAGCUUCGUGCUAAUGUUCAUGAACUGGAGCGGGACCUAAUGGCAGUGCGUGGCCAGGCGGAGGAAGCAGCCCACCGGGCACAGGUGCAGCUCAGUGACCUCAAACUCGACAUGGUGCGUCAGCGUGGAGAGCUAGAGAAGGAGAGAGACAAGCUGGCCAAUCUUGUUGAGGACCUACGAACACAAGUGGAGAUUGCUGAGCACAAGGUGAGACAGCUGCAGGUGGCACUGGACAACAAGGAACGUGAGUCUGUGCACCGUGUCACGGCUGCUCAUGAAGAAGAGUUUGUCAAGAUAGCCAAGACAGAGAAUGAGAAGUUUGAGCUAGAAACAAAACUCCAGGAAAUGGAACGGCGCAAAAUUGAUGAUGAUGCUCGUCGGCAUGCAGAACAAGAGAAACUUGUCCAGCGCAUGCAGGCAGCACUUGUAGAGAGAGAGCAGGCUGAGAGAGAAGUAGCUGUCUUAAAGGCACGCCUUGAGAAGUAUGACGCAUUACAGGAUCAAGUAGAGCGUGAGAGGAGCGAGAACACAGAACUGAGAGCCAGACUCCAUCAGCUGGAGGUUGAGCAGGCAGCGGCUGUCAGACAGGAGCAGGACCUAACAGAUCAGAUGAUCAAACUCCGUAAUGAGGGAGAGCUGGCACGUGAAGAGCUACGCUUGACUCGGCAACAGCUGAACAAGUUGCAGACCAGCCAAGACCAACUUUUGUCUCAGCAGCGUGUGGCAAUGCAGGAGGAGCGAAGUCAUGCUGACAGUCGCCUCUCUGAGAUGGAGCAAAAGCUGUCUGAGUUGCAGUCCAAAUAUAGUCUGGCUGCUGGCAUACACAAAAAGCUGAAAAAAAAGUACAGCCGAGUUACAGAGUACCUGCGGGACAAAAUAACUGUACUGAAGGUGUCCAACCAUGAGCUGGACCUGGAGAAACAGGUUCUCCACAAGAACACUGUGGCCGCUGAUCAGCAUUUACGACUGAAGAAGCAGUGGAGAGACCUGUAUCAUCGACAUCAAGAGUUCCGCGCCAUUAUCUUGGGCUACUCACCGCGGGAUGUUAUCUUUGGUAAUAAAGGCCUUGUGAAGGGAGACAAUCCAUCAGACUUCACUCUGCCGAACAUGACUUUCAUGGAACAAGAGCUGGAAAAGCAGCAUCAGGAGGACCUGCGCAUGCUGCGAAAGCGCCUGGAUCACCUGGACUACUUGCAGACGGCACAGUUGGAGGAGCUGAGCAACAUUGCCCACUCAACACUGCUGGGAUCACAGGUGGAGCAGCAUGUCGAUGACUGUCCUGAUGGCUCAUUCGAGAAACAUGAUCUUGAGAAACCCACUUCUGCUGUGGAAGAAGUUUUUUGACUUGCAUGUUGCUGGCAGCAGGUGUAUUCUGUUGGAAGGGAAAGGGACAGAGAAGGAGGGUAGUGUGUGAUCUUUGAGAAAUUGCAGACAUCCUCCCUCAUAACCUCUCCUUACUAGGAGCUGUGACUGUGGUUGUAAGGGUCGCCUCUGAGCAAAGGAUGUCUUUAUAUGGGGGUAUUUGAUGUAGUCAGGCUGCCAUUAUCAUGGUGAUUUAAAUGAAGACAGCAUGUGCUGGAAAUAGGAUGAAGUCAUUUCUUAUUUUUGACAGCCUUUUGCAAAAGUUAUUGACCAAGUAAUUUUUGUACAUGCUGACUUACCACAGGAGUUGUAGAAUUGGUUAUUUCUAACCAGUCACAAUGUGAACCUACUCUUUUAAAUCAUAGUCGGGAAAACUACAUAUCAGAUGACCGUAGAGAGGGAAGCAAGUCUAUAGGAACAUUACCAAGCUACUGGCUACUUCACUGUAACAGGCAGUAUUUCAGUUCUGUUAACACAUCUUACAGGCCCGAUGUGAGGAAAAAGGCGAAUUUAGCAAUCUGCAGUUGAGAGUUUAAGAAAUGGAUGACUUGCUUUUUGCUGUCAGUUAUUUGGACUUGCAGGUACUAGAGAUUUUGUUCACAUUUCAGACUGUCCUGGUGUCUUCAGGCCUCAAAAUUAGAAAAACUUGACAUGAAAGGACUCAGAUGCAAUGCUACUCAUUUUCCAUCUGUACUACCUCAAACAUUUCCAUUAUAUCACUUCAAGAAAUCUUACCUUGAAAUAAGAAUUAACCAGCAAAUACUGCAAAAUAAUCAUAAACAAAUUGCAGAUGACCUUUUGAAAACUUAACAAGUGUUUUGACUUAAGCUUGAAAACUGAACUGACAGAAUGACACAUCGGGUGGAUGAUUGCUCUGUUGUAGUAAAAGCAUUUCAGUGCAGCCUGCAUAAUGGCUAGUUAGUAUAGCUGGCAGGUAGCUGUGUACAUAUUUAUCAGUAACCUUUUUUUACGCAGUUCAUGAUACUUGCAUGUUUAUUUACUGCUUUUAAUCUUUUUCAAGUGGGGAGGGGGGAUGUCUGUCUUGUCUGUAGUUUCUGUUUUGUGAGGUUUGUUGCCUUCUUGUACCAUUUCGGGGUAACUUCUAAGUUGAACAUGCUGUUGAAAUAAAGGAAAAAUAUGUGAUGAUCUGCCAUUUAGUGCAUGCUUAAAGAAACCAAGUUGCCACAGCAGUGCUUUUUCGAUCUUGCUUAUAGAAAGAGAUGAUGGCUACAGAAUAUGUUGUAGCCUGUGGUCCCUUUCAUGGAAGUACAGCAGUUGUCUGCUCAUGACCAGAUAUCACACUGGGAUGGGGGGGACUUUAGUGGGUGAUUGGCAAGAUUUUGCAGGGAAAGUGUUUUCUGGUGUCAAAAACAAUGUUCAAAAUGUUGCUGAUUCAGUUAUAUAACUGGGUUUUAUAUUUUAUGACAUGAUCCAGUCAAAACUCAAACGCUUCAUGCUGAAUAUUCCCUUGGAUUGUUCAUUGCUUGUACAGUAGGAUGAUCUAGUGUGCUUGCACUAGUUUGCUAACUGCUUUUCAUGGACCUUUGGUUGCAGGUGUGAUGUCCAGGCCUCAUAAAGCUACCCAGACCAUGAAAAAGCAUUUCCACCAUGCUGAAAGUUUAGAAUAUUUUUUUUAAGCACAGCUUGUCACUGUUACAGGCCAUCAUUCAGAUUCUACAUGAGGGUAUUUAUGUCAUCAUCUGUCCCCUAGACUGUGCUAAAUAUAUAGUCUAGAAGUCACAUUCAGAAUCAUACUUGAAACAAUCUUGACUUGCAUUCUUACUUUAGUCUGUUUAUAGCUUACAGUAACAGGACUUGUGCCUUUAGCUCCUUCACUGGCAGGCAGUGCACAGAAAGACAUUUUGCCAGAAAAAUUUAUAAAAUAGAUAUUUCGCAGACUAUUUGCUGAAAAGACAUGUCAUCAGAUGCUUGAAUUUCUCUUGUACCAUUCCUUUCUCCCACCGACAAGUGUGUAUUCAUGCACAAGUAUAUGAAUGCUAGAGCAUUACAAUACUAUGCACAAACAUGCACGUGCAUGAAUAGAGAAAUGCCAUAAAUAUAUUACAGUAGUACCAUGCACAAACAUACACUCUUAGGAAGCAAUCAGAAAAACACCCUUCUGCUGUCCAGCAAGCAAUUGAACACCCACCUGGCUAAUGAAGCGUGUUUGGAAAACAGUUUGUCAGCAACAUGGUUGCUUCAAAAGCUUGUGAUAGAACGCUAAAAAAAAUAACAAUACUUUUUUUUUGUUUUUGAAAAUUGCAUCUCAACAUCAUGACUUUGAAGCCUUCUUAUGUUGUUAUCAACAAAACAAGGAAUAUGUUGUAAAACAAAAUAAUUGGAAAACAUUCAGUAGAUGAAAACAUUUGAGGCAUCCUGUUUUGCUUAUUAAAUUAAUGCACAAAUAAUUUAGUAACAUCUAUCCUAACUAAAGCUGCAGGCUCUUUUAUAAGGGUGGGGAGGUAGUGAGCGAAGCAGACGGCACCAUUUUGCUCUAAAGUUGUUUUAGUUCACAAUACUAGUGCUUGGUCCAGAUAGUACAGAAUGUGACAUAAGAGAACCUUUUGGUUUGUGCAUGCCAUCAUUUCAUUCUCCAUGUGAAACUGUACUACUUUACUGCUAUUUUUGCUAAUGGUUGAAAAUCCAGGGUAUAUGGCAACAUGCAAUUGCUAAAAUCAUGUUUUCAGUUUAUAAAAUGUGUGAUAGGUGGUGGAAGAACCAUGAUUAGUUGAUCAUGUUUGGACCUCUCCACCUUUGACAUUUUUAGUUUGAGAAUUAGAACUUUUUUUUUAUGUACCUAAUUUAAUUCCACAGUUCCAGAUCAGACUGAUGGGUGAUUCCACCCUCUAAGAACCUUAUUCAGGGCUACAGCAAAUUAGUGCAAAACAUUUAAUAAUUAAUAAUCAUCAUAUUUACAUUUGCAUGGAUGACCUGUUACAAUUGUUUGUUUUGGGGUAUACUGUCAUACACCUAACCACACUCACAGGUCAUGAUACAAGUUAUUAAAUUGUAUAACAUGGGGAAAGAUUUUUCAAAGUUUAUUUUCCAUCUUCCAGCAUGAUGCUUCUAAAUGGUGCAACCUUGAAAUAAUUAUUUGACUACACUGUACACCCUCUGUGCAAGGAUUCAGAACUCAACAAAAAGCCAUGCAAAACCACUGGUCUAGUAGUUUCAAACAAAUGAGAGCAGUCUCAAAAAGAUAGCAUUUCAAACUCUCCAGCCACAUAAUCUGGUAACAUUUUAAACAGAGUAGAAGGAAAAGAUGAAUUAUUGAAGAGUACACAGUCCAGAACUAUUUUCUGGUGUGAAGCAGGGCCAUGAGAGAACAGAUUUCAAAGCAUAAAGCAAGUAUUAAGUCCACAAGAAUCGUCAGCACAGCUUGAAAUGAGCUGCUAUGCCAUACUACAUUUCAUUGCCCCACUUUAUGUGAAAUAUUUAUGAAAAAGGUAUUAACGCUCUGCAGUUGUAGAGGAGAGGGGAAAAAUCAAGAACAAACAUUCACAAGUUUAUUUUCAAGGUCUGAGGAUUAAAGUGAAACUAAAUGAGGUGCAGAUGGUAAUUGUGUAACCUGCCAGUGAGAAAUGAUGGCUAAGCCUAAGCCUGAUGAGUAGCACAACUUUAUUUUUUUGAGCCAGCUAACAGCAGCCACAUAGUGUAUAAAGUGAUUAAAUUUCUGACCACUGGACUCCUUGAUUCAUAUAUAAAUGUUGAUGGCAAACAUUUUACUCCAA